AUGAAGUCAAAACGAUGGGUUCAGGCCUCCGCCCCCUCGUACGAUGGAGACGACUGGGACGACGACUAUUACAGUGGCGACGACGCGCCCGAGGUGCCGGAGGUACCCAGUGAACACGUGGCGUCUAUUGCUGAAGUGGACGAGGGUGUGGAAGAGGCUCCUGAAGCGCCUCCGGUGAUCAAACCCCUGGCAUUGGGACGGGCGGGCCAGCAGCAGAAGCUGGAGGAACAGCGGGAGCAGGAGCGGCUGCGAAAGCAGCAGGAGGCCGAGGCCGAGGCUGAGGCCGAACGCCAGGCUGAGACCGAGCGCCAGGCUGAGCUGGAGAAGCAAUACCAGGCCAAGCUCGCCGAAGAGAAACGACAACGUGAACAGCUGGAGGAGUUGGAGCGGGAACAGCAACGGAUCCGGGAGGCCCGGGCGCGAGCCGAGGCUGAGACCAAGGCCAGAGACGAGGCUGAAGCCAAGGCACGGGAGGAGGCUGAGGCGAAAGCUCGAGCUGAAGCUGAGGAGCAGGAUCGACUGGAGCGAGAGGAGAUUGAACGCGAAUACCGAGAGCGCCAGGACGCCGAGAGGCAGCGUCAGAAGCAGGAGGAGGCUGAGCGACUGGAGAGGGAGGAGGAGGAGCGACUGAGAAGGGAGGAGGAGGAGCGCCAGGCCAAGAUGGAGGAGGAGCGUCAGGCCAAGCUUGAAGCUGAACGACAGGCCAAGCUCGAGGAAGAGCGAUUGGCCCGACUGGAGGCAGAGCGACAGGCUAAACUUGAGGCAGAUCGACAGGCCAAGCUCGAGGCCGAGAAGGCACGCAAGGUCAAAAUUGAAAAGGCGCGAAUCGAGGCUGAAAAACAGGCUGCGCGGGAAGCAGAGGAACGACGGCUCAAGGAGGAGCAGCAACGACUGGCCGAGGAGGAGGAGAAGCGACAGGCGGAGGCGGAGGCCGCACGUGUUGCUGCUCUAGAGGCUGAGCUAGAAGCAGAGCGUGAGAAGGAGAGCAAGAGACAAGAGGUCGUUCGCCAGGCCGAAAAGGAGCGUCUAGAUGCUGAAAGAGAGGCGGAGUACCAAUCCAAGCUGGAGGCGCGCGCCAAGGAGGCCGAAAAAGCCCGUCAGGCAGAGGAGGAGCAGCGUGAGGCUGAACAGGCUCGUCUGGAGGCUGAACGCCAUGCUCUGCUCAUGUCAGCUGCUGGGGAGGAAGGGGGAGAUAAAACCAACUCUCCCACCACACAGUCGUUUUACGAUUCCAGAUCAAAGGGAGUCGGAAACGCUUCUGGAACUCCUGUGAUGUCUCCCCGAGUGGAUUAUGACGACUUCCAAGCCACGGCUUCUCCCAACACCAGGGACCCCUACGAUCCCAGUAAUCAUUGGGGAGGUGGAGCUGUCACAUCUGACUCUGCUGGGCGUGAUGAUGGUGGUUCUAACAACGGUGUUGUUGGAGCCAUUGGAGGGGCGAUUGCAGGUGCUGCUGCUGCCGUGGGAGCUGCCACUCUUGAGUCUAACAAUGACUCUGAGAAGGAUGGCAACAAGGAGGCUGAUAAGAGUAUUGAUUCGUCUACUGGCUCAGAAGCACACACAGUCGGUCUUUCUAAGGAAGUGCUGGCUGCUCCUUCGGAAGCAGAUGCUUCCAACUCACUGAAACAUGCAUCAAUGGUUGCUCAAGUGGGUGCAGAUGAGUCUGAAACACCCACCACGCUUCCUAGCAGCUCUGGUACUGCCACCUCCAAGAGUAUGUCUCGUGUGGACUCUGUGGAGGACAUUGUUGCUGACUACUAUGCUUAUAGCAGUGAUGAGGGCGUUGAAGGAGAAGGAGUGGAGUACGAUGAAGAGGGAGUUGAAGAAGGGUCCACUAUGGAUGGCCAUAAAGAUAAGGAGGAGGAGAAGGCCGACAAGAAAGAUGCUGUCAUAAAGGACUCUUUGGAUAUUUCACCUGUCUCUUCCACUUCUCAUUCUCACUAUGCUGACGCCGAAGAUGUGGAGGCAGGAUACACCAUGGACGGAGUCAAGAUGGAAGGAUCUGAUGGAUCUGACAACGAGACUGACCAUGAGACUGACGAGGACGACAAGAAGUUGUCCAAGCUCGACACUUCCGGUGCUUCUGCUGUUCCCGACACUUCAGACGUGUCUACUCCCAAGCUUGACCAGGAACCCUCUUCUGCUUCUACUGAUAUUGCUGGAAAACGAGAAAUCCCUUCGCAUCUCGUCCCCGGUCUUACCGUGGGCACUGGAGGCAGUCCCCAUGUGAAAUCCACCUCGGAAAUCACACCCACGACCGAGAUGAACAAACUAUCGGACGAGAUUCUCAACUCGUUUUCGGCUGAAGGAAAUGACCCUUACUACACCAACAGCGCGUACGAUUAUGACGAUAGCGAUGCUGGUCCCGAUGCAGAGCUACAGGCGCUAUAUGCCGGUUCGCACAAGUUUCUUGACGCGCGAAUGUCGCGUGAUAUGAGCGAUGUGCACGGUGAUUUUUCUGUGGCUCCUCUUUCUCCCAAACGGCUGUCUCGAGUGGCCGUUGUAGACGAGUCUAACAGCUCGCCUAGUGUUGGUAAGGUGGCUGCGGUUGUGGGGGCUGCUGGAGCCGUUGGAGUAGCCUCUGGUGUUGUUACAAGUGGUGGUGAGACUACUUCUGCUUCCGCCACUCCUACCACUUCUGAUGCUCCCAAAUUCGAGGAUGCUACCAAGGCCGUCAAGGACGCCAUGGAGGGAAACAAGGAUCUAGAGUCGGAUUUGCAAGCCAAACAGACGGAACCCCUUCCAUCUCUGCCCUCUAUUCCCGUUUCUUCUCUUGAUCCGGGCACUCCCACUAUUCCGUCUUCGGAAGACAAGAGGGAGAAGGAGGGCAAGGAAGACAAGGACACCAAGGAGAAGGACGAUAAUGACAACCGUGCAUCCUCCCCCGAGCUUGACGAAUUCGAAGACGCAGUGGAACGUAUUUCUACAAACGACGAAAAACCCGAUCGAACGAGCCACGACUCGGGCUACAAGUCGAUGAUUCUGGCUACUUCGCUCGAAAACGUGGCCACCACGCCCUCUGCAGGUGCCUCGUCGCGUUCGGCGUCUCGAGGAGCAGGCAUACUGGGCAAGCAGAGUAGCAUCUCGUCCAUGAACGCUCUAGGCAAAACGGACAGCUCGUCGUCGUCUGGUGUGCCUCCCACAGCCUCCUCGGCCGUGCAGAAUAUCUUCCCUACUAAUUCUGUCUCCACAGGUUCCCCUGCACAGGCUCCUGCCUCGUUCGCCAAGCAGGCCACCACCACAGCUGUACUUCCGAAGGGACCAGCCAUCACCACAGCCCAGGUACGAUCGGGCCCGUCGUACGACUUCCGGUCGAUUCUGACGCGUCCUCGGUCCAUCGAUCGGGCCAACGCGUUCAAUGACGCCCGAAAACGGGAGGCGGAGUACUCUCCCGGUCUCGAGAGCUGGCUGGUGUUCACCUACAAUGCUCUUAAGACGGACGCCGGCAUCAGCGACAUGCAAACGUCGGGCUCAUACUCUGGCGGCUCCAACAACCUGCCCAAGGCGUCAUCCAAUCUUCUGGCCGGCUCCAUUGGCGACGUGUUCCAGAACCCUCUGUCGGGCAUGUCUGGCGCCACCAAGGUGUCUGAAAAGUCGUCGCAGGUGUUCAACAAGGUGGGCGAGAGCACCACCAAGCGAGCCCGGGGUCUGUUUGCAAAGUCCAAGAAGCUCAUGAAGGGCGACAGAUAG